GACUGGAGCUCAUUAUCGUUCAAUGCUGGAGCUGUCAAGUACAGGAGAGGUUGGAGGAGAGCGGGUUUGCGAAUUGCACGCAAAAAACUGCAUGAACUUGCUGCUGGCAUGUGUUCGAUAAGAAUUGUAGUGUGCCGAACGCUUUGCAGGUAGGCUACUGUCAAAGUCGUGCUCGUGUUUGUUAAUUGCACAUUAAUUAUUGAUGUUGCUGUGUGUGAGUAGUUGCCAUAUCUGAGGGGGGCACUAUAAUUAACCAAAGGCAUGAAUCAUGUGUGGCUUUUAUAGGCAUACCCUGCAAGCUAUGAAACAAGAUAACUAUGAGCUCUCCAGGUCUUCUAAAGAUUUAAAGUAUGGAGAGUAUAACAUUAUUUUGUUGCUGUUAAAGCCGUAAAACUACACUUUAAGUCCAGUUACCAUUUUUUUUUAAGGUUGGACGUUGAGUAUGUAACUUAUGUACGCCAGCCCAUUUUACAUUUUAUGAGCGCAUAUCAAGUUUCCAUCACAUUGCUGUUGAGGUCAUGCAAAUAAGUCGGCUGGCUGGCUGGAUGGUCAUCGUUAGCCAGGGAAAAAAUGCGCAGCAUGUGUCUGUAUUGGGGUUGUUGGGUAGUUCAAGUUCCGUGGCUUUGCUUAUGACCUUCAAUAAUGUAUUGUUUGUUUACUUAAUCGGUUUCGCAAUGACUCAAGGGUAUAGAAGGUAUAGGCGCUUGCACUUGAUAGGAUACAUGUUCUUGAUAUGUUCCUUCCAGCCAGUGUUACAACAACUGUGUUAGAACUACUGUGUAGUACAUUGGCAAUGUUACAUUCCUUAAGCCCACAGAACAGCCCAGAGACAAUCUAACAGAAAGUUAUCGCACUGCACUGCAACAUUGUAGAGCUACUAGUUGUUACAGUGUAGCAAAACAGUUAAUAACAGUGUUUCAUCAUAUAUAGCUUUUAUAACCUUGAUAUCAUUUGAGGUAAAAAGGAGAGACACUUUUUUUCUGUGUACUGUAACAUUGGCAAUGUCACAUUGUCUAUUCUUGGAAAGAUAGCACACUGCAACAAGCUAUUUCUAUCCCUUUCCCUCUGAAAUGACUGCUACAGUAACCUAUGGCAACUUCAGCUAAAUUUAAUUAAGUUUUGCUUUUAUAUAUUUUUUAUAUGUAUUAUAUUUUAAUAGCCACAACAAAGCCAUUUUAAUGACAUAGCCUACUAUCAUCUCACGGUUAUCUAGGCCUGUAACCAUUUUCACUAAUACAGUUGAAGUCGGAAGUUUACAUACACCUUAGCCAAAUACAUUUAAACUCAGUUUUUCACAAUUCCUGACAUUUAAUCCUAGUAAAAAUUCCCUGUUUUAGGUCAGUUAGGAUCACCACUUUAUUUUAAGAAUGUGAAAUGUCAGAAUAAUAGUAGAGAGAAUGAUUUAUUUCAGCUUUUAUUUCUUUCAUCACAUUCCCAGUGGGUCAGAAGUUUACAUACACUCAAUUAGUAUUUGGUAGCAUUGCCUUUAAAUUGUUUAACUUGGGUCAAACGUUUCGGGUAGCCUUCCACAAGCUUCCCACAAUAAGUUGGGUGAAUUUUGGCCCAUUCCUCCUUGACCAUCGUUAUGUUUGGAGGAAAAAGGCAAUGGCAUGCACUCCCACAGCAUGAUGCUGCCACCCCCGUGCUUCACGGUUGGGAUGGUGUUCUUCUGCUUGCAAGCAACCGCCUUUUUCCUCCAAACAUAACGAUGGUCAUUAUGGCCAAACAGUUCUAUUUUUGUUUCAUCAGACCAGAGGACAUUUCUCCAAAAAGUAUGAUAUUUUUCCCCAUGUGCAGUUGCAAACCAUGUGCAGUUGCAAACCGUAGUCUGGCUUUUUUAUGGCGGUUUUGGAGCAGUGGCUUCUUCCUUGCUGAGCGGCCUUUCAGGUUAUGUCGAUAUAGGACUCGUUUUACUGUGGAUAUAGAUACAUUUGUACCUGUUUCCUCCAGCAUCUUCACAAGGUCCUUUGCUGUUGUUCUGGGAUUGAUUUGCACUUUUCGCACCAAAGUAUGUUCAUAUCUAGGAGACAGAACGUGUCUCCUUCCUGAGCGGUAUGACGGCUGCGUGGUCCCAUGGUGUUUAUACUUGCGUACUAUUGUUUGUACAGAUGAACAUGGUACCUUCAGGCGUUUGGAAAUUGCUCCCAAGGAUGAACCAGAUUUGUGGAGGUCUACAAUUUUUUUUCUGAGGUCUUGGCUGAUUUCUUUUGAUUUUUCCAUGAUGUCAAGCAAAGAGGCACUGAGUUUGAAGAUAGGCCAUGAAAUACAUCCACAGGUACACCUCCAAUUGACUCAAAUGAUGUCAAUUAGCCUAUCAGAAGCUUCAUAAACCAUGACAUAAUUUUCUGGAAUUUCCCAAGCUGUAUAAAGGCACAGUCAACUUAGUGUAUGUAAACUUCUGACCCACUGAAAUUGUGACACAGUGAAUUAUAAGUGAAAUAAUCUGUCUGUAAACAAUUGUUGGAAAAAGUACUUGUGUCAUGCACAAAGUAAAUGUCCUAACCGACUUGCCAAAACUAUAGUUUGUGAACAAGACAUUUGUGGAGUGGUUGAAAAACAAGUUUUAAUAACUCCAAUCUAAGUGUAUGUAAACUUCCGACUUCAACUGUAUGUGUUGUGGGAUCAUUUGUCAGUCAUCUGAGUAAAUGUAUCCAAGUGGUAGUGACAAUCGUGUGAAAGUCUUGAAGGCCAUUAAUAACAGCAAAUAGCAUCUGACAUGAAGUAUUUACUGUCUAUCUUCUAACCCAGCGGUCACUCUUCUGAGUCAAGAUCAUUUUUGCAGUCAAAAAGCAAGCCAAGAUCUACCGCUCAGUUUUAUUUUUCAAACAUGACUUAAAAUAAUGUAACAUUAACCUAAUAAAAACAGUUCUGUAGGAAUUAGGUUUUUGCAGUAGGCCUAAUACAUUAUCAAAGCAUAUUGGCUAUGUGCCUGGCCUGCCAAUAUUGUUCUUCUCAGACCAAAAAUAUAUUUCAAAACUCAAGCUUUGAUAAUAGAAUAGAUCAGUUGGUGUAGCACUUGCAAGGCACAGCUGAGGGGGACCGGGAACGAGGUCAAAUCAUGACGUCAGUGAUCUUCAGGUCGGAAAGUCGGAGCUCUAGAAAAGAUGCCAGAGUUUCCGACUUGAAUUACCAGUUGUCUUGAAUGCACUGAAGUCGGAAGUAGGAGAUUUCCGAGUUUCCAGUUGUUUUGAACACGGCAUUAGUCUCAGCGGAGGGAGGGAAAGACUCUCACGGUCCCUGCUCUCUCCUUUCUUUCCUCCGGUGACUGACCAGAGAGAGGGGACACCGUCUUCCACCUGAUGGCGAAACUCGAGUCGCACCUCACCUGCCUCAUGCACAACUUCAUGUUGUUCCUAUGACCAGAGAAAGUGAAAUAUGCCUCUUUAUUAAAAUAGACAUGACGAGCUGCUAAUAAUAAUAAAAACGCAGGGCUGUCGAUACACUUGGCUACUCACUCAUUCAUUGCAUCUGCAGCGCGAGUGGACGUAGGGAGAAGCGCAUUUUAUGUUUAGUAGCCAAGUUUUGUGUUGAAUAAAAACAGUGUUGACAGUGCUGAAUAAAAACGUAGACAUGAACUCACUCAUAAAAACAGCAACUAUUUGCUUUAUUCUUUGACAGUCUCUUUCUGGUCAUGGUUUUAAAAGUCAUGAAAUCUCACGUAGGCUGGUAUCAAACUUUGCAGUGGCCGGGUUCGUGCAAGCUGUUGGCAUGGUGAUUUGAGCUGUCCGAUUGGCCAGCGCAGUAGGCGCACUCGAUUUAGCCACAGAUCUCCUGGUCCACCGGGUGUGCAGGGCUUCUGAAUCAAGUGCACCUAAAACCAACAGCGCAACACGAAAAAAAGGAGCGCAAGCCUUUGUCGUUGGCUUUUCUACAGACAUUUUUGGUGAUUGACUAGGAAUGCCUUAAAGAUCGACCAGUCGCGAUCUACUGGUGUGUGACCACUGUUGUAACCUAACGUAAUCAUUACUUUAAAAAGACUGGUGUCAUUUAGUCUAAGUAUGGGUGCGUGUGAUGGUUAGAGUUUAAGAUAAAUAUUUCCUUGUAUUUCUUAGCAUUCCAGUGUGUUUCCUAGAAUUUACAGUAUUUAAAGUGAAUGAAAUCACCCUGAGGUUAUAUGAAAUGUACAAAAAGUUGCAAAUGUAAUGUCAUGCACAUUUUGUCGUUUUUUUUGUAAUGAUUUUAUUUUCUCUCCAGAGUGUUUGGUUCUAAACCCAGUGUGAGAAUGACCCUGCAGAAUGGGAUGGUGUUACCUGCUGCCAAAAACUGUUCCAAUGCCGCUGCAGUAGCUAGCACAGCAGACUGCAACAACAGGAACACCCUGAGAUGGGACCUGACCCCAGAUCAGAUCAAGAACAUGACAGAGAGCCUGGUCCAGAGGAUCAAACAGGUCUACGAUGACAUCGGAUCUCUGGAUGUAGAACAGGUGUCCUUUGAAAACACCUUAAAAGCCCUGGCUAAUGCCAAAUUAAUAUAUGCAGGUAAGUUAUUGUCUGAUCUGGGCCACACUGAUCUUUGUUGAUUAAAAGGUCACAAACUUGUUUUUAAUGUUGAAACAGUAAAAUCAAACUUUUUAUAUGCCGAUUUCUCUCGCUUCAUAUUUUUAUGCAGUAAUUACUCAUUUUUAGGCAACACUUCUGCUCCAGUUGUUUGAGCACAAACCUCGUUUUGUUUCUUCCCUGGACCACUAAUCUAUAAUGUAUUUCUAUAGUCUACUCUGGACCAGUUGAAUAUGCCACCUUUAUCUUGCCUGCAUUUGUUCCCCAGCACAGCGCCAUGUUCUGGAUUUUCCCCAGUACGUGUCUGCUUGUAAGGAGGUGCGCUCAGCGAGCACAGAAGCAGACAAGAAGCUGUCUGACUUUGAUGUGGAGAUGAGUAUGAGGGAAGAUGUGUUUCACAGAGUGAUUGCCUUGCAGGUACAACUAACUACAUACUGUACUAACUAACUAAUUAACUGCCUAUUAACUAACUAAUAUAGGUACAAGAUAUACAUACACAUAUGGCCAAAAUCAUUUAUGACAAAGUAUGGAGGGAGCCAAAUAAUAUUUAUUUCAAGGUUAUUUUAAGGUGUUAUGUAAUUAAGUUGUUGGCUUUGGCAUUCUAAAUGUGCCCUCGUUUGAUACCAUUGGUUCAUAUUUAGCCUACAGUAAUUUGAUCCCGAUAACGGUCUGGCACCACAGGCAGACAGACAGAGACACACAAACAAACACAGAAUCGCACCAGAGGUAUUCAAUGGGACAUAUGGGAAAUAUUACAUGUUCUGCCAACAUGGCACAAGUGCAUCCUCAGAGAGUGGUCUGAUUUUUUCUUGCAGGAGAAGCAGCUGGACAAUCUAACGCCUGAGGCCAAGAGAUUCUUAGACCGUCUUAUCACAUUAGGAAAGAGGAAUGGAUUGCACUUGUCAAAGGAUAUACAGGAGGUAAUACAAACUUUGGAGUUGCAUACACAUAAGGGACAGGAUUCCUCAGUGGCGCUUAAGUGCUGAAAACAACAUUACAUUUGUUUGAAGAUUUGAUAUGUGGCUGUUAUGUGAUUUGUAGUGCUGAAAGUCAAACAGUCUAUACUUUCGACAUUGUAGAGUUCUCAUAACAAUGUGGUAAUUUCUUCUCUCUCUAGGAAGUCAAAAGAUUGUCAAAACUCAUCAGUGAACUCUCAAUCGACUUCAACCAAAAUCUAAAUGAGGAAAACACGUAUCUAACAUUCAGUGAAAAUGAACUAAGUAAGCAGAACCAGCACUAAAAGAAAUUAAACUACUAUCUAUGAUUGUCCUUCAUAUUUCCUUGUCGUAAUAUAUCCUUGUCAUAAUAUAUCCUUCAUAUAUCCUUGUCAAGUAUCCUUUAUAUAUCAUUACCAUGUUUCUCUGAAUAUUUGGAUUUUGACUCCUGCUUUUUACCUCAAAGGUGGCCUAGCGGAUAGCUAUCUGAAUGGUCUGGAGAAGACGGAGGACAGGCGGUACAAGGUAACCCUGGCAUACCCUCACUACUACCCUCUGAUGAAGAGGUGCCACGUGGCUGAGACCAGGAGGAAGAUGGAGACUGCUUUCCAUAGCAGGUGUAAGGAGGUAAAACCACCUGCUCUUGGUCUACAUGUAUUUGUAAAAAGAGCUAUACAAAUUACAUUUGUAAUUGAUUCAUGUAUUGUUUUAUUGAUUGAUUUGUUGUUUGUUUGGUUGGUUGAUUAAUUGAUUGAUCAAUUGAUUGAUUGAUUUGUAAUCAAUGUUGGUUUGCCACUUGGCGUCUACAAUAACAACAUUUGUAAUUAUAAGGGUGCCAAGGAGUGCAGUUCCUUCAGAAAUCAAGCCACCCUAAAAAAUUCAAUAAUAUAAUAAGUUUAGCCAACUAUUUCAGAGCAUUCCCAAUACCAGUUUACUUAUUGAUAGAGUUCAGAGAGUUCUCAUAAAAGUCAACAUGCAGUAUUUAUGACCACGUGUGCCAGACUUCCUGAAAGUGUUCUAUUUCCAGGUAAUAUUUUGUCUUGUUGCAGGUAAACACAGUCAUUCUGGAGCAGUUGAUUGAGCUGAGGUCAAAGGUGGCACAGCUACUGGGUUUCAGUACCCACGCCAACUGUGUGCUUGAGAUGAACAUGGCCAAGAAUACCAACAACGUGGCAUGCUUUCUAGGUAUUACCUUUUACCUGACUAAACAACUUGACCCCCCACUGUGUGUCAAUAUGGCAAAAACUCUUAUUGCUCAACAGUAACCUCAUAGAGAUGGAAUUACGUAUUAUAUGAAUAGCCUAUCAGUUUUCUGUAUGCCUGACAAAUAUCAAUAAAUCAAUGUAGAACUUUAUUACACAGUAUUCAGAUAUAGAUAUUACCUAUAAUAAAUAGGUAAUGCCUUACCAAUAGUCAGAUCUGAAAAAUGUUGCUCAGUCAGCUGCCUCUGUUAUUCAAAUUGUGUGCUUCAAUAACUUCUCUAGCACUGACAAAAAAUAAAAUAAAGAAAACGCUUAUUGAAAUUGAGGUGAGGUGUCAUUCACUCCAUUUUGAUAUAAUUUCCAUGUCCCCUACUUCACAGAUGAGUUCUACGCGAAACUGAAGCCGGUGGGAAUCAAGGAAAGGAAGUAUAUCCUGGCCCUGAAGAAGAGGGAAUGCGCCAUGCGGGGCAAGGCCUUCGAUGGACAGAUCAAUGCCUGGGACAUGCCCUACUACAUGAACCAGGUGGAGCAGGUGAAGUUUGCUGUAGACAAGGACAAGCUAAUCGAGUACUUCCCUCUGGAGGUGGUGACGGAGGGGUUGCUCAGUAUCUACCAGCAACUGCUGGGCCUCACCUUUAAGCGGGAAAACAGCGCCCAUGUGUGGCACGACAACGUCAGCCUCUAUUCUGUACUGGACACGGCCACUGGGGAGGAGAUCGGCUGGUUCUACUUGGACCUCCAUCCCAGGUGAAAGGCCAGGGAAAUAUGAACAUCAGCAGGACUGUGGGGUGCUAUCGGGGCUAUAGUUGUACACUCCUGGUAGGGAUGCAGGGAUAGUUGCUCUCGUUGAAGCUACCAUAGCAUACUAUUGUGGCAAAUUUGAAGGUUCAGAGUGUGAUUCAUACCGUGCUUGAUGUUGAGUCAUUUACCUUGUGUCCUCUCUCCAGAGAAGGGAAGUACGGUCAUGCUGCCUGCUUUGGGCUCCAGCCGGGCUGCCUGGGGCCUGAUGGGAAACGUAUGCUGCCGGUGGCGGCUAUGGUGGCCAACUUCACCAAGCCUACGAAAGGCUGGCCCGCUCUGUUGCAGCACCACGAGGUGGAGACCUUCUUCCACGAGUUUGGCCACGUCAUGCACGAGCUCUGCUCUAGGGUAGGCUUGUCUGCUGGGGAGGAUAUUCAGUAGCAUACCAGUAGCAUACAUUUUGAAGUCAAGCGCACACCCAUUUCAUGGGGUGCACACUAAACACUAGCCUUGAUGAAAUUAUCACCAGUAUGGUCCUGAAGUGGUAACGUGUAUUCUGAUCUCCAUGACUCCUUCCCUAGACAAUGUUCUCAGAGUUCAGUGGGACCCUGGUGGAGACGGACUUUGUGGAGGUGCCAUCUCAGAUGCUGGAGAACUGGGUAUGGGAGAAGGAGCCCCUGAGGAGGAUGUCUCGCCACUACAAAGACGGCAGCCCCAUCCCCGACAACUUGCUCAACAAACUCAUCGCCUCCCGAGUCGCCAACACAGGUCAGAGGUCACACAUACACUGUAAUAAGGUAACUAAGAAGUGAGUAGUGCAUCUAUCCUAUUGGAUCUAUCCUACUGGAUAUAUAUAUAUAUAUAUAUAUAUAUAUAUAUAUAUAUAUAUAUAUAUAUAUAUAUAUAGUUGAAGUUGGAAGUCUACAUACACUUAGGUUGUAGUCAAUACAACUCGUUUUUCAACCACUCCACAAAUUUGUUGUUAGCAAACUAUAGUUUUGGCAAGUCGGUUAGGACAUCUACUUUGUGCAUGACACAAGAAAAUUAUGUCAUGGCUUUAGAAGCUUCUGAUAGGCUAAUUGACAUAAUUUGAGACAAUUGGAGGUGUACCUGUGGAUGAAUUUCAAGACCUACCUUCAAACUCAGUGCCUCUUUGCUUGACAUCAUGGGAAAAUCAAAAGAAAUCAGCCAAGACCUCAGAAAAAAAUUGUAGACCUCCACAAGUCUGGUUCAUCCUUGGGAGCAAUUUCCAAAUGCCUGAAGGUACCACGUUCAUCUGUACAAACAAUAGUACGCAAGUAUAAACGCCAUGGGACCACGCAGCCGUCAUACCGCUCAGGAAGGAGACGCGUUCUGUCUCCUAGAGAUGAACGUACUUUGGUGCGAAAAGUGCAGAUCAAUCCCAGAACAACAGCAAAGGACCUUGUGAAGAUGCUGGAGGAAACAGGUACAAAAGUAUCUAUAUCCACAGUAAAACGAGUCCUAUAUUGACAUAACCUGAAAGGCCGAUCAGCAAGGAAGAAGCCACUGCUCCAAAACCGCCAUAAAAAAGGCAGACUAAGGUUUGCAACUGCACAUGGGGACAAAGAUCGUACUUUUUGGAGAAAUUUCCUCUGGUCUGAUGAAACAAAAAUAGAACUGUUUGGCCAUAAUGACCAUCGUUACGUUUGGAGGAAAAAAGGGGGGGGCCUUGCAAGCCGAAGAACACCAUCCCAACUGUGAAGCACGGGGGUGGCAGCAUCAUGCUGUGGGGGUGCUUUGCUGCAGGAGGGACUGGUGCCCUUCACAAAAUAGAUGGCAUCAUGAGGAAGGAAAAUUAUGUGGAUAUAUUGAAGCAACAUCUCAAGACAACAGUCAGGAAGUUAAAGCUUGGUCGCAAAUGGGUCUUCCAAAUGGACAAUAACCACUUUAUUUUAAGAAUGUGAAAUGUCCGAAUAAUAGUAGAGAGAAUGAUUUAUUUCAGCUUUUAUUUCUUUCAUCACAUUCCUAUAUAUAUAUAUAUAUAUAUAUAUAUAGUACCAGUCAAAGGUUUGGACACACCUACUCAUUCAAGGGUUUUUCUUUAUUUUUACUUUUUUCUACAUAAUAGAAUAAUAGUGAAGUAAUCAAAACUAUGAAAUAACACAUAUGGAAUCAUGUAGUAACCAAAAAAGUGUUAAACAAAUCAAAAUAUAUUUUAGAUUCUUCAAAGUAGCCACCCUUUGCCUUGAUGAUAGCUUUGCACACUCUUGGCAUUCUCUCAACCAGUUUCAUGAGGUGGUAACCUGGAAUGCUUUUCCAACAGUCUUGAUGGAGUUUCCCACAUAUGCUGAGCACUUGUUGGCUGCUUUUCCUUCACUCUGCCGUCCGACUCAUCCCAAACCGUCUCAAUUGGGUUGAAGUCAGGGGAUUGUGGAGGCCAGGUCGUCCUGUUGAAAAACAAAUGAUAGUCCCACUAAGCCCAAACCAGAUGGGAUGGCGUAUCGCUGCAGAAUGCUGUGGUCACCAUGCUGGUUAAGUGUGUCUUGAAUUCUAAAUAAAUCACAGACAGUGUCACCAGCAAAGCACCCCCAUACCAUAACAGCUCCUCCUCCAUGCUUUACGGUGUGAACUACACAUGCGGAGAUCAUCUGUUCACCCACACCGCGUCUCACAAAAAAAUUCAAAUUUGGACUCCAGACCAAACGAUAAAUUUCCACCGGUCUCAUGUCCAUUGCUCGUGUUUCUUUGCCCGAGCAGGUCUCUUCUUCUUAUUGGUGUCCUUUAGUAGUGGUUUAUUUGCAGCAAUUCGACCAUGAAGGCCUGAUUCACACAGUCCCCUCUGAACAGUUGAUGUUGAGAUGUGUCUGUGACUUGAACUCUGUAAAAUAUUUAUUUGGGCUGCAAUUUCUGAGGCUGGUAAUUCUAAUGAACUUAUCCUCUGCAGCAGAGGUAACUCUGGGUCUUCCAUUCCUGUGGCGGUCCUCAUGAGAGCCAGUUUCAUCAUAGCGCUUAAUGGUUUUUGCGACUGCACUUGAAGAAACUUUCAAAGUUCUUGAAAUGUUCCGUAUUGACUGACCUUAAUGUCUUAAAGUAAUAAUGGACUGUCGUUUCUCUUUACUUAUUUGAGCUAUUCUUGCCAUAAUAUGGACUUGGUCUUUUACCAAAUAGGGCUAUCUUCUGUAUACCUUGUCACAACACAACUGAUUGGCUGAAACGCAUUAAGAAGGAAAGAAAUUCCACAAAUUAUCUUUUAAGAAGGCACACUUGUUAAUUGAAAUGCAUUCCAGGUGACUACCUCAUAAAGCUGGUUGAGAGCAUGCCAAGAGUGUGCAAAGCUGUUAUCAAGGCAAAGGGUGGCUAUUUGAAGAAUCUCAAAUAUAACAUAUAUUUUGAUUUGUUUAACACUUUUUUGGUUACUACAUGAUUCCAUAUGUGUUAUUUCAUAGUUUUGAUGUCUUCACUAUUAUUCUACAAUAUAGACAAUAAAGAAACGCCCUGGAAUGAGUAGGUGUGUCCAAACAUUUGACUGGUACUGUAUAUAAAACAUACAACCAGCCUAGUUAAAAGUAGUAAAAAUAAAGAAAAACUUUUGACUGGUACUGUAUAUUGUGCCUUAGGAAAGUCUUCAGACCCUUUGACUUUUUCCACAUUUUGUUACGUUACAGCCUUAUUCUAAAUUUGAUUAAAUUGUUUUUUUUCCCUCAAUCUACACACGAUACCCCAUAAUAAAGCAAAAUCUGGUUUUUACAGUGAGGGGAAAAAGUAUUUGAUCCCCUGCUGAUUUUGUACGUUUGCCCACUGACAAAGAAAUGAUCAGUCUAUAAUUUUAAUGGUAGGUUUAUUUGAACAGUGAGAGACAGAAUAACAACAACAAAAUCCAGAAAAACGCAUGUCAAAAAUUUUAUGAAUUGAUUUGCAUUUUAAUGAGGGAAAUAAGUAUUUGAACCACUCUCAAUCAGAAAGAUUUCUGGCUCCCAGGUGUAUUUUAUACAGGUAACGAGCUGAGAUUAGGAGCACACUCUUAAAGGGAGUGCUCCUAAUCUCAGCUUGUUACCUGUAUAAAAGACACCUGUCCACAGAAGCAAUCAAUCAGAUUCCAAACUCUCCACCAUGGCCAAGACCAAAGAGCUCUCCAAGGAUGUCAGGGACAAGAUUGUAGACCUACACAAGGCUGGAAUGGGUUACAAGACCAUCGCCAAGUAGUUUGGUGAGAAGAUGACAACAGUUGGUGCGAUUAUUCGCAAAUGGAAGAAACACAAAAGAACUGUCAAUCUCCCUCGGCCUGGGGCUCCAUGCAAGAUCUCACCUCGUGGAUUUGCAAUGAUCAUGAGAACGGUGAGGAAUCAGCCCAGAACUACACGGGAGGAUCUUGUUAAUGAUCUCAAGGCAGCUGGAACCAUAGUCACCAAGAAAACAAUUGGUAAAACACUACGCCGUGAAGGACUGAAUUCCUGCAGCGCCCGCAAGGUCCCCCUGCUCAAGAAUGCACAUAUACAGGGCCGUCUGAAGUUUGCCAAUGAACAUCUGAAUGAUUCAGAGGAGAACUGGUUGAAAGUGUUGUGGUCAGAUGAGACCAAAAUUGAGCUCUUUGGCAUCAACUCAACUCGCCGUGUUUGGAGGAGGAGGAAUGCUGCCUAUGACCCCAAGAACACCAUCCCCACCGUCAAACAUGGAGGUGGAAACAUUAUGCUUUGGGGGUGUUUUUCUGCUAAGGGGACAGGACAACUUCACCGCAUCAAAGGGACGAUGGACGGGGCCAUGUACCGUCAAAUCUUGGGUGAGAACCUCCUUCCCUCAGCCAGGGCAUUGAAAAUGGCUGAGGGAAGGAGCAUGACAAUGACCCAAAACACACGGCCAAGGCAACAAAGGAGUGGGUCAAGAAGAAGCACAUUCAAGUCUUGGAGUGGCCUAGCCAGUCUCCAGACCUUAAUCCCAUAGAAAAUCUGUGGAGGGAGCUGAAGGUUCGAGUUGCCAAACGUCAGCCUCGAAACCUUAAUGACUUGGAGAAGAUCUGCAAAGUCAUGUUUUGCAGAGGGGUCAAAUACUUAUUUCCCUCAUUAAAAUGCAGAUCAAUUAAUAACAUUUUUGACAUGCGUUUUUCUGGAUUGUUUUGUUGUUAUUCUGUCUCUCACUGUUCAAAUUAACCUACCAUUAAAAUUAUAGACUGAUCAUGUCUUUGUCAGUGGGCAAACGUACAAAAUCAGCAGGGGAUCAAAUACUUUUUUCCCUCACUGUAUAAAGUUUUGCAAAUGUAUUACAAAUAAAAAACAGAUACCUUAUUUACAUAAGUAUUCAGACCCUUUGCUAUGAGACUCGAAAUUGAGCUCAGGUGCAUCCUGUUUCCAUUGAUCAUCCUUGAGAUGUUUCUGCAACUUGGAGUCCACCUGUGUUAAAUUCAAUUUAUUGGACAUGAUUUGGAAAGGCACUCACCUGUCUAUAUAACGUCCCACAGUUGACAGUGCAUGUCAGAGCAAAAACCAAGUCAUUAGGUCGAAGGAAUUGUCCGUAGAGCUCCGAGACAGGUUUGUGCCGAGGCACAGAUCUGGGGAAGGGUACCAAAAAAUUUGCAGCGAGAUCCAGAGCGCUCAGGAACUCUGACUGGGGCGAAUGUUCACCUUCCAGCAGGACAACGAACCUAAGCACACAGCCAAGACAAUGCAAGAGUGGCUUCAGGACAAGUCUCUGAAUGUCCUUGAGUGGCCCAGCCAGAGCCCGGACUUGAACCCGAUCGAACAUCUCUGGAGAGACCUGAAAAUAGCUGUGCAACGACGCUCCCCAUCCAACCUGACAGAGCUUGAGAGGAUCUGCAGAGAAGAAUGGGAGAAACUCCCCAAAUACAGGUGUGCCAAGCUUGUAGCCACAUACCCAAGAAGACUUGAGGCUGUAAUCGUUGCCAAAGGUGUUUCAACAAAGUACUGAGUAAAGGGUCUGAAUGCUUGUGUAAGUGUGAUAUACAUUUUAUAUGUUUUGUAAAUUUGCACAAAUAUCUAAAAACCUGUUUUACUUUGUCAUUAUGGGGUAUUGUGUGUAGAUUGAUGAGGAGUAAAAAAACAAUUUAAUCCAUUUUAGAAUAAGGCUGAAACGUAACAAAAUGUGGAAAAAGUCAAGUGGUCGGUAUACUUUCCGAAUGCACUGUAUAUUGGAUAGCGUGCAUAUUCUUUGGUAGCAUGCAUUUUUGUUCCCUUCAAAUCUAAAAUAUUUGUUAAAAUACCAUAAAAUAACUUGACAUCCAAUAGACUCCCACUCAUGUGCCUGUCUUGUUCAGGUCUGAUGAACCUGCGUCAGGUAGUGCUCAGUAAAGUGGACCAGUCUCUGCACACCAAGUCCCACGCUGACACUGCCGAGGUGUUCGCCAUGCACUGCCAAGACAUCCUGGGGAUCCCCGCUACUCCAGGUCUCACACCAGUGAUAAUAUAAUGCCAUUUAAUUAGAAUAUGAAUGGACAUUAUAAUUCAAAUAUUUAAAUGUUCCUCCCGUAAGGAUUUAUUGUUCUCAAAGAAUAAAACAUGAUUAUUUUUUACUCCAGGCACAAAUAUGACGGCCAGUUUUAGUCACUUGGCUGGGGGCUACGAUGGCCAGUACUAUGGCUACCUGUGGAGCGAGGUCUACUCCAUGGACAUCUUCUUCAGUCGUUUCAAAAAGGAAGGAAUCAUGAACCCCAAGGUGUGGCACAAUCAAUCCACUCCCCAUUCAUCUUGAGUUAACAUACAGUGGCUUGCGAAAGUAUUCACCCCCCUUGGCAUUUUUCCUAUUUUGUUGCCUUAUAACCUGGAAUUAAAAUGGAUUUUUUGGGGGUUUGUAUCAUUUGAUUUACACAACAUGCCUACCACUUUGAAGAUGCAAAAUAUAUAUGUAUUUUUAACAAGAAAUAAGACAAAACAACAGAACUUGAUCGUGCAUAACUAUUCACCCCCCAAAGUCAAUACUUUGUAGAGCCACCUUUUGCAGCAAUUACAGCUGCAUGUCUCUUGGGGUAUGUCUCUAUAAGCUUGGCACAUCUAGCCACUGGGAUUUUUGCCCAUUCUUCAAGGCAAAACUGCUCCAGCUCCUUCAAGUUGGAUGGGUUCUGCUGGUGUACAGCAAUCUUUAAGUCAUACCACAUAUUCUCAAUUGGAUUGAGAUCUGGGCUUUGACUAGGCCAUUCCAAGACAUUUAAAUGUUUCCCCUUAAACCACUCGAGUGUUACUUUAGCAGUAUGCUUAGGGUCAUUGUCCUGCUGGAAGGUGAACCUCCAUCCCAGUCUCAAAUCUCUGGAAGACUGAAACAGGUUUCCCUCAAGAAUUUCCCUGUAUUUAGCGCCAUCCAUCAUUCCUUCAAUUCUGACCAGUUUCCCAGUCCAUGCCGAUGAAAAACAUCCCCACAGCAUGAUGCUGCCACCACCAUGCUUCACUGUGGGGACGGUGUUCUCGGGGUGAUGAGAGGUGUUGGGUUUGCGCCAGACAUAGCGUUUUCCUUGAUGGCCAAAAAGCUCAAUUUUAGUCUCAUCUGACCAGAGUGCCUUCUUCCAUAUGUUUGGGGAGUCUCCCACAUGCCUUUUGGCGAACACCAAACGUGUUUGCUUAUUUUUUUCUUUAAGCAAUGGCUUUUUUCUGGCCACUCUUCCGUAAAGCCCAGCUCUGUGGAGUGUACGGCUUAAAGUGGUCCUAUGGACAGAUACUCCAAUCUCUGCUGUGGCGCUUUGCAGCUCCUUCAGGGUUAUCUUUGGUCUCUUUGUUGCCUCUCUGAUUAAUGUCCUCCUUGCCUGGUCCGUGAGUUUUGGUGGGCGUCCCUCUUUGUUGUGGUGCCAUAUUCUUUCUAUUUUAUUAAUGGAUUUAAUGGAGCUCCGUGGGAUGUUAAACCCUGACCUGUACUUCUCCACAACUUUGUCCCUGACCUGUUUGGAGAGCUCCUUGGUCUUCAUGGUGCCGCUUGCUUGGUGGUGCCCCUUGCUUAGUGGUGUUGCAGACUCUGGGGCCUUUCAGAACAGAUGUGUAUAUAGACUGAGAUCAUGUGACAGAUCAUGUGACACUUAUAUUGCACACAGGUGGACUUUAUUUAACUAAUUAUGUGACUUCUGAAGGUAAUUGGUUGCACCAGAUCUUAUUUAGGGGCUACAUAGCAAAGGGGGUGAAUACAUAUGCACGCAUGCACCAAGUUGUUUUUUUCAUUCCACUUCACCAAUUUGGACUAUUUUGUGUAUGUCCAUUACAUUAAAUCCAAAUAAAAAUCAAUUUAAAUCACAGGUUGUAAUGCAACAAAAUAGGAAAAACGCCAAGGGGGAUGAAUACUUUUGCAAGGCACUGUAUACAUUUUAUAAAUAAAUAAUUUAAGCCUUCAAGUUCCAUUUGAUUGGCAAGCAUCUUUGAAUGCUACCUUUUGUGUGAGUAAUAUUGCACCAUUUAUCAUGCUCUACUCUUAUGUACCCAAAUACUCUAUGUCGAGAGGAAUUUACUUGAAUUUAAGCCUUAAAGUUUGACUGACAUGUUCUGUAUGCCCAUCUUAUCAUCAGGUGGGGAAGGAGUACAGGAGGGUGAUUCUGGAGGCUGGUGGCUCUGUGGAUGGGAAGGACAUGCUGAAGACCUUCCUGGGU